AUAGAAGUUCUUGCAAGUCGACACGUUCCCUAUUAAUUCUUCCGUAUCCGCCCGGUAUUUUAACUCGUUUACCCUCUAGAUAUAUCAGUGUAUCAGAGACCGAAGCGCCGGAGUCACGAUUCCUUUCGAACAUAACCUCUUUUUGUAAUCGGUUUAUGUAUUCAUCAUAGCUUAACAAAUUUAGUUUGAAAAAAAGUUUAUUCAAAACCAAACAGUAAUUAUGGCGGAAGCUAUGAAACAAAAACUCGUGGACAUGCUGAAAGGCAUAGAAAGGUACAAUCCAGACAAUCUUAAAACUUUGGAGAAAUAUGUUGAUAUCCAAGUAACAGAAAAUGCUUAUGAUCUCGAUGCAAAUCUGGCUGUUUUAAAGUUGUACCAGUUGAACCCAUACCAUUAUGAACAAGAAGUAACUUGUCUUAUUCUUCUCAAAGCACUAACAAACUUGCCACACACAGAUUUUGUGCUUUGCAAGUGUCUUCUAAAUGGAAGCAUCAUGGAGGAUCCAGAUAUACAAAACAUAUUAGAUUUAGCCAACUUGUUGGAAGAAUGUCAAUUCCAAAUGGCUUGGACACAAAUAAGAAAUAUGCAUGAUCUUUGCAGUAGAAUUGUUGGAUUUAAUGAUUCCAUUAGGAAAUUUGUCUGUCAUGUUGUUGGUAUAACAUUCCAGACCAUUGAUAAAAGUCUUUUGGUUGAAUUGCUUGGUGGUAGGCCACAAGUGAAUGAAGAAGUAUUAAGAUCAUGGGUUAAAAAGUAUGGAUGGAAAGAAGAGAGCGAUAACAUAAUCUUCAUUGCAAACCAGGAUGAAAAUAUAAAGACGAAAAAUAUAACUGAAAAGAUUGAUUUUGAAAAUGUUGCUGGAUUGAUGGCACAAUGUCUGUAAUUUAAUAAAUUUAUAAUACUUUGAAAAAUGCUAA